GGUGGAUCACGUGAGAGGUGUAUCACGUGAGAACGCGAGAGGUGUAUCACGUGAGAGGUGUAAACACGAAGACGAAGACGAAACAUGGAAGGCUUGUUCAAGCACAUUGAUCAGAAUGAAUCAAAGUAUAUACAGCGGCUGUCUGAUGUGGUGGCAAUCAAAAGUGUGUCCGCCUGGCCACAGACUCGCCCUGACGUGAGAGAGAUGGUGGAAUGGACUAAAACUACAAUGGAGAAGCUGGGCGCCACAUGUGAGCUGGAGGAGAUUGGGAACCAGACCCUACCUGACGGGAGUGAGCUGCCUCUUCCUCCUAUCCUCCUGGGUUCCCUAGGCAACGAUCCCAACAAGAAAACCCUCCUGGUAUAUGGACAUCUAGAUGUGCAGCCUGCCGAAAAGGAGGAUGGUUGGGACACAGAGCCGUUUGUUCUCACAGAGAAGGAUGGGAAACUGUAUGGUCGCGGGUCGACAGAUGACAAGGGGCCAGUAUUGGGCUGGAUCAACUGUAUCGAAGCCAUGCAGGAGCUUGGCAUGCAGGUGCCCAUCAACCUCAAGUUUAUCUUUGAGGGCAUGGAGGAGUCCGGAUCAGAGGGCCUGGAUGAGCUGGUGUUUGCGAAGAAAGACACUUUCCUCAAGGAUGUUGACUAUGUUUGCAUUUCUGACAACUAUUGGCUGGGGAAAAAGAAACCGUGUAUUACUUAUGGACUCCGGGGUAUCUGUUACUUCUUUUGUGAGGUUCAGUGUGCAGGAAAGGACCUCCACAGUGGAAUAUAUGGCGGCACUGUUCAUGAAGCAAUGGGUGACCUGAUGCACAUCAUGAGCUCCCUGGUCGAUGUUAACGGCAAGAUCCUUGUGCCGGGAAUGAGCGAUGAUGUUGCUCCAGUAACGGAAGAGGAAAACAAGUCAUAUGGGCCAAUUGACUUUGACAUGACAGAGUACCGUACAGACAUUGGCGUGGACAAGCUGGUUCAUGACAGGAAAGAACAUGUGUUGAUGGCCCGGUGGAGAUAUCCCUCACUCUCACUACAUGGUAUUGAGGGAGCGUUUAGUGGAGCAGGAGCUAAAACUGUGAUACCGCGGAAGGUGAUUGGAAAGUUUUCAAUUCGGCUGGUGCCUGACAUGACGCCAGACAGGGUGGAACAAUUGGUACGCACGUACGUGGAACAACUGCACAAGGAGCGCGGCAGUCCUAACAUCAUGAGGGUGUUGCUGGAGGGGGGUGGAGGAAAACCCUGGGUCAGUGAUGUCAACCACCCUAACUAUGUCGCAGGCAGAAACGCUAUUAAAUCAGUAUUUGGUGUUGAGCCCGACCUGACACGUGAGGGAGGCAGUAUUCCGGUCACACUAACAUUCCAGGAGGCCACAGGCAAGAACGUCAUGCUCCUGCCAAUGGGUGCGUCUGAUGAUGGCGCCCAUUCACAGAAUGAAAAGAUCGACAAAUACAACUACAUCAAUGGGAUCAAACUGCUGGGGGCUUAUAUGGAUGAGCUUGGGAAGAUCUAGUGACCAGAGUGGUCUCAUACAGGACACAGGACAUGGACUCAUACAGGACACAGCCGAAAGAUAUGACAGUGUAGGCUACAUGAUAAUCAGAGUCCGAAAUAUUCAUCAGAAGUGCUUUUUUCUUUGUGCCAUUUUAAGAAACAUUUCAAUUUUUGAAGAAUACAGUUGACUAACAUUUUGUUGAAGAAUUCUCCUUUUAACUAUCCAGUAUUUACAUUGUGAGACAUUGAUUUCCAAUCAGAUUGGACCAAUGUAACUCUGACAGUAGAAAUUUUAAUUUCCUACUCAUUUUUAGCUCAGUAAACAUAUUCAUUUACAAAUAUAGUAUUCAAACCUUAAACUAAUAGCAUGUACUUGCCACAAUGUACAUGUUUUCAUGUAUGUAAUAAAUGGUUGACAUUGUCUUCUUGUAUUUAUAAGCACAUAAAGAAAUAUUUUUGCAUA